AUGCCGCCGCGGCUACACAUUUCCUCGCUUCGGCGACAAGCCCUGCGCUGUCCAUAUGAACUCCAAUUCGUCAGGAGUGCCAGCAGCGCCGCAGCUCCGGCUGUUACACCUGCAGCACCUAUCGAGCAGAUGACACGAUCACCAGCACCAAUUUCGCGUUUCCCUCCUACCCAAAAACCGUCGCACCGGAAUCCCGAAUACCGCCGCUCACAACUCCUCCGCCAAUACACCUCAAUCCUCCGUACAUCCCCUUUGAUGGUCCUGUUCCAGCACAACAACCUCAAGUCCAUGGAAUGGGCAUCAAUUCGACGAGAACUCACGAAGGCGCUCGAAAAAGUCGACGAGAAAAUCGCUGCUGAGGGUCGCACAGCUCCGGCCUUAGCCCCCCAUAUCAAGGUUCAGACCGUCCAGACCAGCAUUUUCGAGGUUGCUCUGCGCAUUGUCGAACAUUUCCGACCCAACGAUGCCGCAUUGGCUUCAGGGAAAGCCCCAAGCGCCGUCGAUCCUAUCACCCAAACAUCUGCCGAGCUUCCCAUCCUCUCCGGCUCAAGGGACGAUCCCGCCCUUACUCACGACCUGUCCCGUGCCGCUCAUGCCGCGGUCAAGCACCUGAAGGGUCGCCAUGAAUUUUCCGACAUCCUUGUUGGUCCAAUUGCCGUCCUCUCCAUCCCCACGGUAUCCCCCGAACACAUGAAGGCCGCCUUGUCUAUCUUGACACCCAAGGAAGCCGGCUUCCCUGCUCCUACCCGCCGAGCUAACCCCGAUUACCAUGACCCCAUCGUGCAGAAGGGUCUGCAGAAGCUUAACCUGCUCGCUGCGCGCGUGGACGGUAAGACCUUCGAUCUGAACGAGACCAAGUGGAUUGGAAGCAUUGAGGGUGGUAUGGAUGGUUUGCGCUCUCAACUUGUUAUGGCCCUGCAGAGCAUGGGCUCUAGUGUCACUAACACCUUGGAGGGCGCUAGCAAGAGUCUCUACUACACUAUGGAGAGCCGACGAAGUGUUUUGGAAGAUGAGCAGAAGGGCGAUGGCGACAAGAGCGAGUCCUCAUAA